AUGAGCAAUAAUAACAUGAAUGGCAUCGCUGAAACCGUUGACGAAUCGUUGAUUAGUCCAAACGAUGUACUGUCCCAAAAGGGCAAAGGGAGACGUGAAGGAAACCGCAUCCUUCGGGAAACGAUUGAAGCAAGGUAUGAUGAGUUCCAUGCUUCUACCUUACAGAGAAAGAAAGAAAUUGUUGACGAAAUCGUAUUGGGCGUGCAAGGCAGAUUCUUGGGUUGGGACAAGGAACAUCGACGGUACUUUACUCAACAAGAAUCCAACAAAGAUACCAACCAAGAUCCUAACCAAGAUCCUAACCAAGAUACCAACCAAGAACCCAGUAUCCCCGAAGCUGCUGCUGCCGUACUAUCACUUGAGGCAAAACCACCAAAUGGAAACGAGGUUGAAUUAACUUCUGGAAUGGGAUCAAUGUCGUUGGAUAGUGAUCUACGUCGAAUUGUGGCUCAGCUUUCUGUUGAUAUGUUUGAAGAUGAGGACACGGCAAGAGGUGUGCUGUUGAAUCUGUUGUUCGAUGAGGGAGGCGAACAACUCGCGCAAACUCUUCUAUCCAUGAUGAACUCGGCCGGCCACAAAGCCCCACCUACAGCAGCGAGACCUAGUUGCAGUCCUUUAGAAUUGGGCGGUCAAGACCAAGAGACUAUUAAGGCGGGAAAGGAGGCCCUGUUGCAACAACAAAGACCUUCGAAAUCUCCCAGACACAAUGCU